GAGUUGUUCUCUUCUCAAUGAUAGGUCAUUUAUUAAAAGAUUUUUCUCUGUCUUUCAUCUUUUACUGUGCCUUCUUUCUUUUCAAAUGUAUUGUUUAUAAAAAAAAAUGAAGUUUGGAAAGCAGAUGGAGUCAGCGGCUUUUAAUUUGCCAGAGGAUUGGAGACCGCAUCUUAUUCACUACAAAACACUUAAGAAAUCAAUCCGAUUGGUUGUAGAUGAACUUGAGUCUCGAGGAUUGUCUAGUGCAUGGAUAAAUACGUUGGAUACAGAAGAAGCCAUGCGCUUAGAUUAUAUUUUUGAUGGUGAUGAUCAAGAUCCUCACCCUUGUAUUAAAAUCACGAUUGAUGAUCCUACAAGCCUAUCUGACGAACCUGCUUUAUUUAAGCUGAUACCCACCACGCAACAAUCCAAUACCGAACCUUUGUCUAUCAAGAUUGAACUCGUACGAGACUCUGAGUUUUUUCACUUGCUUCUACAUGAAUUAUCGCAUGCUGCAGUACUUCACGAUAAAGAAAAGGAUCGAUUUAUGACAGACAUACGUUCACUUGAGGAACAAUUGACGACUGCUGCGUCUCCGCAAAAGAAAGAUUUAUAUGCUUGGCGAGAAAUCUUUCAUGUUUACAUGGAAGCUGCUAUCUUUAAGCCGGGAAAUGAAAAUCAGGACACAGCAGCAUCCUAUCAACACAGUCAACAACAAUUAGAAUGGUUUACACAAGAAUUAAAGAAAACAAACUUGACAAACAACUUGUCAUCAAAGAACUCUAGACAAGCUUUAGCUCAAUUCUUGACCAUCAAUGCGCAACUAAUUCAUUUUAAGCAUUUUCAAGUAUUGAAUCAAACUGCCAUGAUAAAAAUAUUAAAAAAGCAUGAUAAGCAAAGUGGAUUAAGUGCUACUUCUGAAUUCCCAACAUUUGCAAAAAACAAUGCUAUUUUUGUGGGUGGCAUUCUUUUGUCUUUAUUUAAUAUGAUUCAAACAAAACUUAUCGCCAUUGUACCUCAGCCUGAUGAUUAUGAUUGUCCUGUCUGUUUCUCCAUUGCUUGGAGACCUAUUCGAUUAGAAUGUGGGCAUGUUUUUUGCGUGCGCUGCUUAAUCAAGGCACAUCGAAAACGCCUUUAUAAUUGCCCGGUAUGUAGACAAGAAGAUGCCGUGGGGAAUGCAGAUGCAAAUAACCUUGAUCAAUCACUGCAAAACUUUAUGUUGAUGUAUUUCCCUAAAGAAAUCAAAGAAAAGCGUAAAGAAAAUGAAAAAGAACAAGCCAGUAUGGACAAAGAAAAGAUUCAAUAUGCAAGACAGGCUAUACCUUCUCAGAGAAUGAUCCAUUAUCAACAUGCCAUGAACAGAAAUACCUUAUCCCAUCGUGAAUCGAAUUGUAAUAUUAUGUAAUAAACCAUGAUUUGAAACGCAUUCAUCUACAGCUUCGGACUUUAUCCGGCUGAGAUUCAUAAGCCACUUGAUGGCUGGUCCGGAAAGCUUGUCUCCUCGGAGUAUAGAGAAUCAAGCACAAAAAUGAAAGCAGAAGACAGAAGCAUUCAAGUUCUUUCUCUAAAUACACCAUGGGUAAAGCAUCCUACAGCGUACAUCCAUCCAUAGACACAAAGCUAAUCCAUCAUCCAUGAUAACUAGGUAUCAGUCGUGAUUCUCGCCACAAGCGUAGCGCUACCGGUGCUAGACGUGAUCAAUACAGAAAGAAGAGAAAGUAAGCAACUUUACAAAAGUCUUCUCUGUUGAUACUAACUAUCUUUUGUUAAGGUUCGAGUUGGGUCGCCAAUCUGCCAACACCAAGUUGGGAGCUAAGCGUAUUCACCUUGUUCGUGUCCGUGGUGGUAACUUCAAGCGUCGUGCCCUUCGUCUUG